AUGGAUUUGGAAAAUGGGACUUACUCCAACUUUACAAUAGAAGAACUGGUAAAGGGAAAAACUUCCAAAGUGCUGAUAUCACUUUCACUCUCUGUCUUGACUAUUAUGACCACAGUUAUUAAUUCUCUGGUGAUAAGCGCAAUUAUUGUAACAAGAAAGCUCCACCACCCUGCAAACUAUCUAAUAUGCUCCCUCGCUGUUACUGAUUUACUUGUUGCUGUUCUUGUGAUGCCCUUCAAUAUUAUUUACACUGUAAAGGAGACGUGGGUGAUGGGUCAAGUUGUCUGCAACAUCUGGUUAAGUGUUGACAUUACAUGUUGCACAUGCUCUAUUCUUCAUCUGGCUGCAAUUGCCCUGGACCGAUACAGGGCUAUAACUGAUGCUGUGGAAUACGCACAGAAAAGGACACCUAAACGUGCUGGAAUAAUGAUCACAAUUGUGUGGGUCAUAUCCAUCUUUAUAUCAAUGCCUCCUUUGUUUUGGAGACAUCAAGGAAACAAUAAGGAGGACGAGUGUCUUAUUAAGCAUGAGCAUCUUGUUUACACAAUUUAUUCUACAUUUGGAGCAUUUUAUAUUCCAUUGGCUUUGAUUCUCAUUCUGUACUAUAAAAUAUAUAGAGCAGCUAAAACACUUUAUCACAAAAGGAGUGCAAGCAGGCAAAUCAAUGAGGAAGUAAAUGGCAAGAUGUCCAGCAUUACUGUCAAAAGUCCCAGGGCGCCUUCAACUGUGUGCACGUCUGAAAAGUCCAUUUCAGACCCUUCAGCAAUUGAAGAAGGAGAAAAAAUCCACAUCACAGCCAGAAGUCUCAACCCCAGUAGUUGCCAGCAAGAAAAAAUGUGGAAGAGACAUAAAAUCUCAAGCACAAGAGAAAGAAAAGCAGCAACCACCUUGGGUUUGAUUUUGGGGGCAUUUGUGAUAUGCUGGUUACCAUUCUUUCUGAAAGAACUUAUUGUGAAUGUCUGUGAAUCCUGUUAUAUCUCUCCAGAGAUGACCGACUUUCUGACAUGGUUAGGUUACCUCAAUUCUUUAAUCAAUCCCCUUAUUUACACAAUCUUCAAUGAAGACUUUAAGAAAGCAUUUCAGAAACUAGUACACUGCAGACAGUUUCUGUAA